UUUGUUCCGCAACUUAAUUCACGAUUGGUCGGCUUUUGGUGGGAGAAACACACACUUCUGCUGCGUUCACAGCAAAUUCUUUACCCAAAAUUAAUAAUCAAGUUGAGUUCCGACUUGUUUAACGCGCCCCGUGACGCAUUCUUGGGCUAUUGCCAAUCAGUGAAUUUUCCUUGACCACCCCUGACCAGCAAUUAUUUUGUUUGGUGAUUAACGCCGCUCCAUUUUCAAUUUUCAAUCGAAAUGAAUUCUUUCCGUCGAGGCCGCGGCAAAGCAGCAUACGGUUCCCGGCAACAGCAGCAGCAGCAGUACUCAAGCCAUUUUGAGAACGGAGGAAGCGGAUCCGGCUACAACCUGACUUCGGACAACUUCCCUGAAUUGUCCAACUCGGCAGUUAUGAACCCGCCACCUUUACUCAUGAUGAACAAACCUCAGAUGAACGAAGGUGCUCCACCUGGCUCAUACAAUGCUGACGCAAACGACGGUCAAGCGUAUGGGGCUCAACCGCACGCGUACCAGGUUCAAAAUCCCGUGUACAUGGACUCGCAGCAAAUGCACCAGCACAAAAAUGCGCAGAACUCGAACGGAUUUCCAUACGGUGCUCAAAUGGCUGAUUCCGGAACUAUGCAGCAGCCUGCCCCAGACGAGUACACAAGAAUGGCGAUGGCCAACAACCAAAUGAUGUACCCGCAACCGCAGGUGCAAUACUGCAACAUGAACCAGGCCCAAAUGUAUCAGCCGUCGGUAAUGUACGAGGGAAGCAACACGCCGUACGGGUCUCCUCGGCACUACUUCAUGGUGCCUGCUGGACAAGCCGCUCCUGGCAGCUUUGUGCCACCGCCGCCCAUGUACGGGCAGCCGCCUUUGUGGAUGUGCCAGCCGCCGCCGCAGCAAAACAUGAUGUACCAGCCGCGCAAUUCCACACCGCCGGAAAUGGCGGGCGUGCAGUCAGGUGAUCCGCAGAGCUGGAUGACCGCCAGCACUGAGAGUAAGUCUUCAAAGUCGCAGGACAAGAACACGCAGACCAGUCCCAUGAGGGAGGACAGGAGAUCGGCGAAAGAGCAAAGGCUAUUGAUGAAGGUCAAGGACUUGGGCACCGCGGUCGAUAAGUCGCUGACCAUCAAGGAAGAGGGGGAUGGCAAUGAGUGGGAUGGAUGGGACACGACUGUUAUUCCGGGAGGCGAGCCUCAGGUCAAGAAGGAUCCGCCCCCGAAAAAUGAGGAUGGUGAGCAGAAAAAUGCUGGGGCGGAUGCAACCAGUGACAAACCAUCAGAUCAGUCUUCCAUGUCUGACAUGACAGACUCAUUCUCGUUCAAUUUCCAGCAGGCGAAUGAGGAGGCUAAAGCCUUCCGCGAAGCUCAACUUGCUUUGCUAACCCCCAUCGUGAAAGAUGUGUACCGAGAGCACACUGAUGUGACCAAUUUAUCUGACGAAGAUGUGGAAAAAAUCAGGUCAUCCAAGAACAUCUCUGCUCACUUCCCCAAGCCAGAGGAACUCACUCCAUUGUUCAAAAGCGAGCAGGAGGAGAAGGACUACAGUCAGAUGAGCAUUCCAAAACCUGUGACCUCAUUCAAUCAGGCGUAUGAAGACUACCCUGAAAUUUUGUCAGAGGUGCAAAAGCAAGGUUUUACUGAGCCAACUCCCAUUCAGAGUCAGUUGUGGCCUUGCAUCAUGAAAGGCAUGGAUGUGGUAGGAAUUGCUCAGACUGGCUCAGGAAAAACUCUUGGGUUCUUGCUGCCUGCGUUCAUUCACAUCGAAAAACAGAAGAAGCCGAGGGCUGAGCGGAAGAGCCCGACUGUGCUCAUUUUGGCGCCAACCAGGGAACUGGCCCAGCAGAUCCACAAAGAGGUGUCCAAAUACAGCUACAAGAACAUCUGGAGUGCUUGUGUGUACGGUGGCGCCCCGAAAAAUGAGCAGGUGGAUAUCCUCAAGAGAAAUCCUGACAUCAUCAUCGCAACGCCUGGACGCCUCAAUGACCUUGUCCUGUCAAAUGACAUAGAUCUUCAGGAAGUGUCGUUCUUGGUGCUUGACGAGGCUGAUGAAAUGCUCAAUCAAGGUUUUGAGCCGCAGAUCAAUAAGACUUUGAACAGAGUCCGAGAGGAUCGUCAGACAGUGCUGACUAGUGCCACAUGGCCCCAAAGUGUGCGGCGAAUGGCCAAGAAUUACACUACUGACCCCGUCAUGGUUGUAAUUGGAACUGUUGAGCUGCGUGCCGUCAACUCGGUCAAGCAGAAUGUCGAGUUCAUUGAGGAAAACGACAAGUAUGACUGGUUGGUAAACUUCCUGAGCACCAAAAUGACUGAAUCGGACAAACUCAUCGUCUUUGUUGGCCGCCGGUCUUUUGCUGACCACUUGUCCAGCGAGUUGAGUUUGCUCAAUUGGUCCUGUGUCUGCAUCCACGGAGCUUUGCCUCAGUCUGACAGAGAUACGGCCAUUUCCAAAAUGCAAACUGGUGAGACCAAGGUGUUGAUUGCGUCGGACGUCGUGGCGAGAGGCAUUGAUAUCGAGUGCGUGACGUACAUCAUUAACUACGACGUGCCCAAAUCCUCCGAGCAGUACAUCCACCGCAUUGGACGCACAGGUCGUGCCGGUCGGACUGGAGAGUCAUUCACUCUGGUGACCCGCAGAGACUGGUUCAAGGCACAAGACCUGGUGGACGUCAUCAAAAACGCAGGGCAGGAAGUGCCAGAGGAGUUGCUUGCCAUGGCCGAACGAUACAAGAACAGAAUUGUGAGGAACGACGGCAGAGGCGGCAGGAGUCAUCACCGCAGCGCGGAUGGCAGCUUGAGCAUGGCGGGCAACCAAGCAUUCGGGCAAAGAUCUGCUUCCUUCUCAAAUGCAGGAGGGUAUGGCAUGCAGAGAGAUUUCGGGAGGUUUGGCGAUUUCAACGAGCGGAGGUCCAUGAGUUUCUCUGGCGGCAACGGGCAAAGCUACGGCAACUAUAACAGAGGCCAGGCCGAUUACUCCAACAGGGGACAGAUGGAAUUCAGAGGAUCGGCAGACUUCUCGCACAGAGGACAAGGGGACUCUUACGGCAGACCCGAUCGGCAGUAUGGGCGGGGCAGGAGCCGCAGCUUCCAGUGAGGCCACGCAAGUUCAUUUUUGAUCAUCAAGAUCUUGGUUAUAUAAUUUUCUCCUUCCCGUACUGUUUCAUUUGUAAGAUGUUUCUCCAUCUUUGACAGUGCCUUAGAGCAAUAAGGAGGUUCAAUGAAUUACAAGAUGUUCAUAAUAAAUAAAUUCACAAAAUGC